GAGGGUUUUAAGUGAUAACGUCAAAAAUCACAGAUUUCGGUCUUGAAAGUCUUUUAAAUGACCUCAGCGCGAUAGUUUAUUUAAAUAAUUUCGGUCACCCUCUCCAGAAAGUCGCGCUUUAUUUUGAAAAAUGUUCCAAAGGGUGAUUUUGAAAAGCGAUGUCGCUAAAGAAGUGGUUAAAAAAGCAGUCAGGGCGCAAAGUUUACGAAAUUUAGCCGUACAAACUGUUAGGAAUAAGCAUUGUCACAGAUCAUUAUUAUCAAAUACACAAACCCAACUCCUAAAACCAUCGAAAUAUGCCGAAGACAGUCUCAUCAGGUAUUACUCAAGCGAUCUACCGACACACCAUCGAGUAGCAUUACCGGCCCUGUCUCCCACCAUGGAAAUGGGCACAAUAGUCAGCUGGGAGAAAAAAGAGGGCGACAAACUAAAUGAAGGCGACCUCCUGGCCGAAAUCGAAACGGACAAAGCCACAAUGGGCUUUGAGACUCCCGAGGAAGGCUAUUUGGCUAAAAUUUUAAUCGCGGCCGGCACCAAGGACGUGCCAAUAGGCAAAUUAGUUUGUAUUAUUGUGGAAAACGAGGCAGACGUUGCAGCGUUCAAGGAUUUUAAAGACGACGCUUCUCCUGUCAAAGCUGCUGCCCCUACAGUUGUUGCUCCUUCUCCUCAGGCACCUACACCUGUAGCACCACCACCAGUAGCAGCACCACCAGCAGUAGAACAAGGUGUAGCUUCCAGUGGACGAGUUUAUGCAAGCCCCAUGGCCAAAAGACUGGCAGAGCAAAGAAACAUAAGAUUACAAGGCAAAGGUACGGGGUUAUUUGGUGGCAUUACCUCGUCAGAUUUAGGAGCUCAAACAGCAACAGCUGCAGCUCCACCAAAACCAGCAGCAGUGUCGUCUCAUGCAGCUCCCCCGACCGCUGGUGCUUUCACUGACAUUCCAGUGUCCGGUAUGCGUAAAACAAUAGCCAAACGUUUGUUGGAGUCCAAACAACAAAUUCCCCACUAUUAUCUCACUCAGGAAGUCAACGUGGACGCGCUACUGAAAGUGCGCUCCAAGUUUAACAAAAAACUAGAAAAAUCUGGACUCAAACUUAGCGUUAAUGAUUUUGUUAUUAAGGCUACAGCUGUAGCAUCGCAAAAAGUUCCUGAAGCAAAUUCCCAUUGGCUAGAUUCUGUAAUAAGACAAUACAAAAAUGUAGACGUAAGUGUAGCUGUAUCGACAGAUAAGGGCCUAAUUACUCCUAUAAUUUGGGAGGCCAACAGUAAAGGUGUUAUUCAAAUUAGUAAAGCUGUUAAGGAGUUGGCGGCUAAGGCUCGAGAUGGCAAAUUGCAACCUCAAGAAUUUCAAGGUGGUACCAUCAGUGUAUCAAACUUGGGAAUGUUCGGAACCAACCAGUUCUGUGCCAUAAUAAACCCGCCCCAAAGUUGUAUUUUGGCCAUCGGUACCACAGUGACCCGAUUAAUUCCCGAUGAAACCAAAGAAAGAGGUUUCAGGGAGGCGCAGUACCUCACAGUAACACUCAGUGCCGAUCACAGAGUGGUAGACGGCGCUGUUGGCGCUAGGUGGUUGUCCGCUUUCAAAGAAGCUAUAGAAGACCCGGUUGCCAUGAUUUUGUGAGACUUUUUAUAGGGGAAAACAGGAAUUCAAACUUUUGAGUGGCAACAGGGGCGCCACCUAAAACAUUUAAAAUAAUAUAUUUUUUUUUGUGCGUCUUUAUAUAAUUUAUUUUAGUUUAUGGAUUUUUUUUUUGUUAUAAAAACAACAUUUUCAAGUUUCACUCAGGCAUGUAAGGGGAGUUGAGAGGGGUUUUUGCAUUUUUUUUACAUUUUAAGGCCCAUCAUUUUUCAUGGAAAUGUUGUUUUUACACGCGGCUCUAAAACAAAAAUAAAUAAAUAUUUAUGUUGAUUUUAUGUAAAUAAUAAUAAUAUAUAAAGUUAUUGAAAUGUUUAAUUUCCCCAAUAUUAAAUUUUCCAAUCUUAUAUUCACAUUACCUAUAGCUCUGUUCCAAGUUCCAACCGUCAUGAGAAC